AUGACUGCUACAAGUUUUUCUCUGGUAGGAACCAGGAGCAGAGAUUAUGAUGAAGUUGUGAUGGGUUCCCACCAUCAUCAUGAUCAUGGGUCAUCAUCAUCAUCCGCAUCACCAUCUUCUGCUACCGUUCUUGGUCUUGCUACCGGUUUUGAAGGUGGACCCAUGUUUGCUAACCCAAGCAUUUACCAACUAUGUAUGGGCGAUAUAUACGAGGUUGUCGGUUCUGUUCUGCCUGAUCCAUCUUUUGCGUUGGAUUCUUCUGGUAAAGUUCUCUCCUUUGUUCAACCUCUGCACUCACAUAAGAACCGUCCUCGUUCAAGAAAGCCUGUGGAAUGUUCAUCUCUCCAUUUUAACAAGACUAAGAAGAAUGACCAUGACAAAACUUUAGGCCAUCUUGCAAUAUCUCAACCCACUAAGUCCCAAAUUUCUACCGUUGACCCAACAUUAUUCUCCACUAUACCAUCAUCUUAUGAUCAACUCAGGUAUCUAGAGUGGUUCAUGAAUGGGGAAACUGUGUCUGUGACCAGUAAUUCAACCCAAGAGUGGCAAGAAACUGUGCAGGCCAAGAUAAGAUUAAGGAGAGAAUACAUAAUGUGUGAUUAUAGGGACCAACACCACCUAAACAUGCAAGCACAGGCACAGUUACCAGAAUACAGUGUGGGCUCAGGCUUAGUGGAAGAAGCUUUAAAUCUGAAUCAGAGACAAACACAAGAGACAAAAAACUUAAUAAAUGGUUGGUCAAAGGGCGUGGCAGAGCAGAGACAUGUAAUUAAUACUAAUGUUUCUUCAAAACACAGGUUACUACCACUGUCUUCUCUUACACUCUCAACAGGCAGUACUGUGAAUCAUGAACCCAAGAAGGGGGAAAUGGGAAGAGAAAGAGAAGAGGUAGGCGGUGGGGUUGUGAACCAUGGUUCAUGGAUGGAUUCAGCGCCGGGUGGACCAUUGGCUGAAGCACUGUGCCUUGGUUUUGGAAGCUGCGUGAAAGGCGGUUCAGAUACGCGUGGGUUCAGCAGCACAACUUCUAGCAGUUGCAGCAGCAAAAGCUCGCAUUCACCAAGGAUCUAGCUUGCUGGUGAUCAUGUUUAGUUGACAUAUAGUAUU